CCCUCAAACGGAAUACAUAUUGUUAAGGAAAAUCUACAAUCCUUUACUGCAUCAAGAUUUUAUCCUGGAUUCUAGAUCGUGACUUAUCACAGAAGGGAAGUUUAUAAUCAAUCUAGAAGAGCUAAUAUAAAAAGAGAUGGUCGGCCUCAAAACCCUAAACUCUUUUUAGCUGUGCUUAGUAAUCUCAUAGGAAAAUCUACCAUGUCUUCAUACAACAAUAACCACAUCAACCAAUUGUCUAGGCAACUAAGGAGGGCAAACAUUGAGUUACCAGCAACAAGAAGGGCAGUUGGCUCAUCUCAAUCGUUCACAACUGCUGCAGAUGAAUGGUUAUUUGGAGUUCUGGGAAAGUUGAUGUGGAAGGAGAAAAUCGAUAUGAGAACGAUAAGGUCAGAAGUCAAUUCCCUCUGGAGGAAUUACAGAAACAAACAAAUACGUGUUAUGGUGAACAAUCUUAUGUUAGUGCGACUGAAUUCAUAAGAGGAAAGAGAUAAAGUUAUAAGGAAUGGACCAUGGCUAGUAGGAGAAGCUCUUUUUGUUGUCCAGAAAUACACUAAUGGUGUCCCAAUUACUGAUUACAAGUUUACUCAUCAAGUUUUUACCAUACAAUUCAAAUAUCUGAAACUUGAACAUCUCAAUAGUGAAGUGGUUGAUGAAGCUAUAGGCUAUAUGGGAAGGAAGAUAUCUACAACUCCCUCAAACUGUAGACCAAGAUACGGAAAUACAGUCAAGGCAAGAAUAAAAAUGAGUCUCAAAGAACCGUUGCAUCGUGAAGCAUGGUGGAAUACAACUACAAACGGCAAAGUCUGGAUUCGAUAUCACUGGGAGUUGUAGACAAAAAUAUUUGUCCCAAGUGCUUUGCUAUCGAUCAUGAUGAUAGAAAAUGCAUGUACACUUUUCAUUUAUUGUAUCUGGACACUCUGAAUGAUGAGGAAUACCAAGAUUACUUGAAUAAUGAAGCAGAUGUCUAUGAAGGAAAUGAACGUGAAAGUAUGGACAAGGAUGAAAUGGCACUUAUUAUGGAAUCAAUUGGAAAUGAACAUGAAUCUAGGCAGAGAAAGCGCAUGAGGAACUCUGAACUUAAUAAUGAACCCCUUAUGAAUCCUCACAACAUCCACGUUCAACCACCUAAUACCACAAAUCCUGCCAAUACUACUAAUAGGGGAAAUUGCAACAACUCGAUGAUGGAAGCUACCGAACCAAGGGCCAACACAGCUGAAACCACAGUUCAUAGUCAGAGUCACACCAUGCAGGUAGCUUACGUGCCAGGGAGAGAAAUUGGUGAUAAUAUCACUCUGACACAUGAAAUUAUCCAUUGUAUGCACAAAAAGAAGACAAAGAAAGGGUACAUGGCUCUCAAGUUGGACAUGUCCAAGGCGUUUGAUCGUGUAGAAUGGAGUUUCUUACGAAGAAUCAUGGAGAUCUUUGGUUUUGCAGAUCAUUUUUGCAGCUUGAUACAAGAAUGUGUAAGCACGUCUUAGAUACAGAUCCUACUCAAUGGAUCCCCUUGCAAAUUUUUCAAACCCAGCCGUGGAAUAAGGCAAGGUGAACCUUUGUCACCUUACUUGUUCUUACUCACCAUGGAGAUGUUCACAAGAUCACUUGCCAAAGCUGAAGCUGAACAGAAGAUUCAAGGCAUAAAAAUUACAAAGAAUGCCCCCCCAAUUACACGCCUCUUAUUUGCAGACGAUUGCUUGAUCUUCGUAAAAGACGACAUACAUAAUGCUGACAACUUGCUUAGACUUAUUACAGAGUUUAGUGAAGCUUCAGGACAACAGAUUAAUUUUCAAAAAUCGGCGGUGUUUUUCUCUAAACACAUUCAUUCAAGACACUGUAGAAUCUUACUCAGAAGGCUAAGAAUGAAGAAAAUGUCACUUGAGGAUAGGUA